CUUUUGUACUAAAGAGAGGAAAACAGCAGCCAUUAGAAAGAUUGAAUCCGGCGCGAUUAUGUAACCCUGCUCCUUUGCCCGCCAGUGACAUUAUCUGUGACGUUACAUGGUCCCUUCAGCCGAGGGACUCUCCAGCGACCAUUCCGCUAUGCAUAGUAAUGUGUCAAUAAUUAAACUGCGGAAUCCCCGUAGAAGGAGCAGUAGUUACCGGAAAGGGAAACUGUGCGGUUGUCCGGGAAGGCAAUGUUAUCGUCAAACUCUAGUACUGAUACAGCAGAAGAGAGCAGCUAACACUGUUACUGAGUAUUUCUGGAGUUAUAAUUAUAUUACUGUCGGGACUCCCGUGGAUGGGAACCAAACCUUGUCACGGACGGAGUCACUAGCACAGCAGGACUGCAAGAAUGGUGGAUGAGAUUUCUUUUGGCAUUGUCUCAGCAGAGAAGAUCACCAACUGUGUAUUUCUUGCAUCUGGAGCCUUUGGAUAUGUCUUCAGGGGCAAGCAUGAAGACUGGGGCAUUCCUGUGGCUGUAAAAGUCUUGCAAGAACCAACUGGGAUACAUAGCCAACAAGACCUCAUCAAGGAAGCCAAAAUAAUGAAUGAUGUUCGAUUUGAUUACAUUUUGCGACUUUAUGGCAUAUACCGGAAACAAGAAGAACUUGGUAUUGUUCGUCUGGGACUUGUUAUGGAAUAUAUGGAGAAUGGGUCAAUAUCCAGUCUCACAAGACGUAUCCGUCCCCUUCCUAGGGCCCUUCAGUUUCGCAUCCUUCAUGAAGUGGCCGUGGGUAUGAACUAUCUGCAUGGGCUUAAUCCACCCCUACUCCACCUGGACUUGAAACCCAGUAAUGUCCUGUUAGAUGAAAGCUUCCAUGUCAAGCUUACAGAUUUUGGGUUGUCUGAGUGGAAGAAGGCCUCAGUAAAGUCUAAAUCCUCAACACCUACAUCAAUUGGGGGGACAUGGCCAUACAUGCCCCCUGAAGCAUUUAGUAAUCUCAACUACAAACCAAAUCAAAAUUUUGACGUUUACAGCUAUGGUAUCUUGAUAUGGUCAGUGAUAACUGGAGAAGAGCCUUACAGUCAUGUUAUGCAAUUUGGAUCUGCUACUAUGACACUGGUUCAGGAAGGUCAGCGUCCAGAUAUGACAAUUCUGCCAGAAGAUGUGCCCUCUGAACUUAAGGUCUUGAUGCAGCAAUGCUGGAGCCAGGAAGAGUGUAACAGACACCCUUUCAAGGAAUGCAUUCGUCAAAUUAGAGAAAUGUUUGACUCCGAAGCUCAUAAAUCAGAAGUUCAGUAUGCUGUCCGCAGAGUUCAGGAUGCACUGAGUGGGAAUGAAAAUGGUUUGGCGAACUCGGAGCCUCCCGACCAUCGGGAAGAUGUGCAGUACUUGGACGUGAGACAAGACAGCGACCAUGGUUCUGGUGCAGCUUCAGGUACAUCACUUUCCAAAGAUCGCUUUGAUGAGGAUCAGGUGGAACAGUAUGUGGAGAAACUGUCCAAUGUUAGCGGUGUGCUAGAUCACUUAGCAGUUAAAAACAUGAUCAAGGGUCCAGAAUUCAUUGCCCUAAAAGAUGGUGUGAUGAGAAGCAAGAAAGUACAAAACACUGUCAACCCCCUCUUACAGAAAGGCGCCAAUGUGGUUGGCACUGUGUUAAAAUUCCUGAUUACGAAAACUGACUCAGGUGGUUCAGACAGCAUGCGGUGCAGUGAUGCAGACAGUGAACCAUCAGCUUAAGCAGUUUGUGAAAAAAAAACCUAGGAGUUCAAAGUUGUACUUCCUUGUAACUUCAGGUGCAUUGUACUUUGGCUUACAAAAUGCCAGUGAUUAUGGACUGAUGUACGAGAUGCCAGUUCAGUGUGUCAGAGAACUUUUCUGACAUUGACAAGCUGACUUAAUACAGUACUUAUACUGAUGGUCGCACAGCAAGAUGCGGGCAGCUCUUCUACUCUGAGGCAAAUCGAAAUAAAUACUGAAGAGAGAUGCACUUUAAAUGCAUUGAGAGUAUGGUGAUAAUAUGCAUAUGGUAACAAAAUAUAAAUAAGUAAUGAGCAACAGAUUUUUAAAAAUUGCACUUUAUAUGUUUUGAUGUGUUGAGAUUAUGCUGAUUUGUUACAGAAAUUCUGAUAGUUUAAAGCAUUCCCAUCAGUCAAAAAGUGACAUAAAGUAGCUUUUCAUAUCUAAAGUCUUUUAUAUACCUUGUGACGCCAAGUAUUUUGCAACUCAAUAAACAGGUCUGUUAAAAAACAGAUUUUGCUGACUAAUAAAUUAAGUCCUAUAAAGCCAUUUCUAAAUUUUAUAUAUUGAUCUUGUUUCAUUUUACUAGUCAUUUGAUGGAUUUAUGUAUUUUAUGCUUUCUGACAAUAACGUGUAUUUAUUUUUUUUCC